AUGAGCGCGCCCACAAAGACCACAGCAGCAGCCCCUGCUAUCAUCCGCUGGAAAGACCUCGAGCCGUCAUGGCAUCUGGCCCGGCAAGAGCCCGGCUACAUGCGUUGGAUGAUCCAAUGGGUCGGCGGGCCUGAGGGAUACUACAACUGCAGCCCAGGACAGGCAGUCAUCAGUGAGGAUGCCGUGGUCGGAUUCAUGCACAUCCCGCAAAACAAUCGCCAGCGAGGCCUACACUACCACAGCAUCACCGAGAUCUACGUGAUCCUGCGCGGAGAAGUGCUGGGCUGGGACGGCCACGGCGAGGAACAUCGUGCCGGGCCUCUGGACUGCAUCUACAUCCCCGCUGGGGUUCCGCAUGGCGUCCGAACCUACGGCGACGAGCCUGUCGAUCUGAUCUGGCUCCACGACGCGCUCGAGAAGAAAGGCACCACCGUAUACUGGGACCCAAGCCUGCCGAACCCGCAAGACGAGUCCAAGGAGACCAUCAAGAUCGUAUCCUACAAAGAUCUCGAGCCCAAUUGGGACGAUGCCCAGAAACUGCCUCCGGGACAGAUGCACUCGAACAGAAGCUAUGUUAGCGGCGUCAAGGGCUCUAAGAACUUCAACCCGGGAAAGGCGGUGCCCAACAACAAGGCCGCCCUCGGCCUGACCGUCAUCCCCGAAGGCCACAAGCAAAUCAUCACCGGCCGUGCCAACGCCGAGACUUGUGUGAUUGUGAGUGGCAAGGCCGUGGUCAAUAUCGGCAACGGCAACGAAGAGCUCGGCAGGUUGGAUGCCGUUUAUGUGCCGGCAGGCGUCUCGCGGACCUUGAGAAAUCAUGGCACCGAACCAACUUAUAUUGUCUGGACUCAUGAGAAACCUUCCCUUGGUGAGACGGCAGCCGCUGCCGAAAGUACCGUGUCUGCCGAUGCCAAUGGCAACGGUACGGUGGAAAAUGGAGCUGCAACCACUACAAAUGGCCAUUGA